AUGGGCGGCGCACACCUCUACUCUCAGGCGCUCUACUCAUGCAGUAGUGCCCCCGCGCGUGACGAGUGUCUGACACACACACGCAUCACAUCCACCGCUGAAGACAUUGUUGACCACUUCUGGCGCGUGAAUAUCAGUAAAAACAUGUCUAAAAGACGUAUCGAUUUGAACGAUGGCUUCACGAAGAAGAAUCGUGCCGGCGAUCAUCACUCACACCACUCGGCGGACAUCGACUCGUUGCUGAAGGACGCGAAGAGUAAAGCGUCGGCGGCAUCGGGUCCCGGAGCGGGCGCCGCCACCACCACCGCCGGCAUCAACGCGUGCACACAAUUGCCGUUCAGUCAACGCUAUUACGAGCUGUUCCGCAAACGCAUCCAAUUGCCGGUCUGGGAAUACAAGGAACAGUUCCUGGAGCUGAUCGACAAGAACCAGAUACUGGUGCUCGUGGGCGAGACCGGCUCCGGUAAGACGACGCAAAUACCCCAGUGGUGUGUCGAGUAUUGUCGCGGCAAAUGCAUCAAAAUCGGUGUCGCCUGUACUCAACCACGACGUGUGGCCGCCAUGUCUGUGGCCACGCGUGUCGCCGAAGAGAUGGACGUACUGUUGGGUCAAGAGGUGGGCUAUAGUAUCCGUUUCGAGGACUGUUGCGGACCGAAAACGCUGCUCAAGUACUGCACCGAUGGUAUGCUUUUGCGGGAAGCGAUGUCCGACCCGCUGCUCGAGGCCUACAGUCUAAUACUGCUCGAUGAGGCUCACGAGCGAACGCUGGCCACCGAUAUACUGAUGGGUGUAUUGAAACAAGUGGUGACCAAACGCCUGGAUCUGAAGAUUGUGGUGAUGUCGGCCACACUGGACGCCGGGAAGUUCCAGCAGUACUUCGACGACGCGCCGCUGAUGAACGUUCCCGGGCGGACACAUCCCGUCGAGAUCUUCUAUACGCCCGAACCCGAGAAGGACUACUUGGAGGCCGCCAUCCGUACAGUGAUUCAGAUACAUAUGUGCGAAGAAGGAGAGGGAGAUGUGCUUUUGUUUCUCACCGGCCAAGAGGUACGGUAUAGUUGUGGCCACCGUUUUGUAGUGUUUGUGCGCUUUGGUGUCCCGAUUGCGGCACCCGAUAGCGAAAUUGAAGAGUCGUGUAAACGAAUCAAACGCGAAGUCGACAACUUAGGACCAGAUGUGGGUGAUCUCAAGUGUAUACCCCUGUACUCGACACUACCGCCGAACCUUCAGCAGCGUAUCUUCGAGUCGGCGCCGCCGCCCAAAGCCAACGGCGCUGUCGGCCGAAAAGUGGUGGUCUCGACGAACAUCGCCGAGACAUCGCUGACCAUCGAUGGCGUGGUGUUUGUCAUCGAUCCGGGCUUUGCUAAGCAAAAGGUGUAUAACCCGCGCAUUCGGGUCGAGUCACUGCUGGUGUCGCCCAUAUCGAAGGCGUCGGCGCAGCAGAGGGCGGGUCGGGCGGGACGGACCCGUCCGGGAAAGUGUUUCCGUCUGUACACCGAAAAGGCCUAUAAGACGGAAAUGCAGGAAAACACUUACCCCGAGAUAUUGCGCUCCAAUCUGGGAAUGGUUGUGCUCCAGCUCAAGAAGUUGGGCAUUCACGACCUUAUCCUGUCGAUCGCCGCCAUGUUGUCCGUUCCGCAAUGCUUUGUGCGGCCAAACGAGCAGAAGAAGGCGGCCGACGACGCGAAGAUGCGGUUCGCGCACAUCGAUGGCGACCACUUGACGCUAUUGAACGUUUACCACGCGUUUAAACAAAAUCAUGACGACCCGAACUGGUGUUACGAGAACUUCAUUAACUUUCGUUCGCUGAAGAGCGCCGACAACGUUAGGCAACAGUUGUCCCGAAUUAUGGAUCGCUUUAAUCUGAAGAGAGUGUCCACCGAUUUUACGUCAAGAGAUUAUUACAUAAACAUUAGGAAAGCACUCAUUUCGGGCUAUUUUAUGCAAGUGGCACAUCUGGAGAGGACUGGCCAUUACCUGACGGUGAAGGACAAUCAGAUCGUUCAGUUGCACCCGUCCUCCUGUUUGGACCAUAAGCCCGAAUGGGUUAUAUAUAACGAGUUUGUGUUGACCACCAAGAACUACAUCCGAACGGUGACCGACAUCAAAGCCGAAUGGUAUGUGUUGUGA